AUGUGCGGCCUGGGUGGCCUGGGGAAGCGCCUCUGGGGGCGGGGUCAGGAGGCCCAGGUCCGCGCAGGUAACUCACUCAGGAGCCCCAACUCCAGCUGCCCUGAGCUGUCAGGACAGGAGUCCGUCCUUUCGCUUUUAAACAAACACGUCAUGAAUUUAAAAGUCAGGGCAGAGAGCUGUCCAAGGCGUAAAAAUAGCCACCUGGCCACAGAGUCAGCACCCAGCACCCGCGCCUGGUCCCAGCCUGGUGCUCCCAGAAGCCGGGGCGCCGCCCCCCAGCCCCUCUUCCCCGUGGGGGCGGGGCUGGGGGCGCCCGGAGUGUGGGAGUGGGGGCUGGAUGGGGGUCCAGAAAAUGAAACCCCCCACUAG